UUCCACUCGAAUUUCUUACAGGGACGGCCAGAAACAGACUAUUGACCGAUUACACCGACGAGUUUUUGACAAGUACCUUACAUCCCGAGACACUGGACAACAGAAUCUCAUCCACCGCGGCCGAUAUUCACUCUUGACGAUUCUGAGUUGGCGUGUACUGGACCUACCAAUCCAAUCCAUAAUCGCCAUCUCGACCGAUACAAGACAUUUUUCAUAUCCGCACUUGGGCUGACUACCAGUGCUAAAGUCGCUGCCAUGCCCCUCAAGUUGCUCCGUCCAAGGCCUACCCUCUUCAGAGUCUCCCUAGCGCCCUGCAGAACCAUCACAACCUCGCGGCCUCUGUCAGAAGAAGGCCCAGUGUCCAAGAACAAAACGAUCCUCGAGGUCGAGCGCAAAUUCCCGCGCCUCGCAGUCCCGUCUCUCACCCAACACCACCAGCAGAACCCCAAGUUCUCCUCGAUCCAGCCGCUCCCCACGCGCCAGAUCCACGACAUUUACUACGACACCCCAACACGGCAGCUCUGCUCGCACGGCGCCUGGAUCCGCCUCCGCGACGGCAAGUGGGAGGCCAAGCUGCGCCGCGGGGGGGACUUUGUCAACUCGCGUUUUGAGGAGCUCACCGGAGAGGCCGAGAUUGUGCGGAGCGUGCGAAGCAUUUUGGGGAGUCAAUAUCAAAGUACUACUGGUGAUAGCAUUGGUGACCGUAAGGAUCGGGGUGGUCGUGUGCCGAACCGAAUGGAGGACUUUGGGCUGGAGAAAAUGGCCGAGUUCGUCACCACCCGCGAAGCGUGGAUGUGUGAUGGCGAGUUCAAGGUUGUUCGGGACAGGAUGGACUUUGGGCAUGAGGUUGGGGAGGUGGAGUUGCAGGCCGAGAUUGAGGUGGAUGUUGAUUCGGACAAGUUGUUGCUGUGGAGGCAUGUGAAGGAGCGGGAGAUGGAACGGAUGGAUUGCAGGGUAAAAGCCUUCAUGGAAAGGUAUGCGUGGGCUUUUGAUUGGAGUGGCGGCGAGCCUAAGGGAAAGUUGACGGCUUAUUUUGAAAUGGUUAAGAAAAAGCGCAGGAAGGCCAGGGCAGGGUGCGAGGGGACGGAGUAAGCAAGGAGAAGCCCUUCCUCCUAUGGAGCAUGUACGAGAACACGGAAGAGACAGAGGCUCAUGUUCCCGACCUCCAACCUUUCGAUGACACCUCCUCAUUCUUGACCAUCCCUGAUGGUUCUUACGCUUUGGAGCACUGAGAAAGUGCGGGCUCCACUGGGCUGUUGUGAUGUUGAUCGUUCUACACCUCGUAGUACGGACUGGAUCGAGGGUGGCGUUACGACAUGUCUUUAGUAUCCCGUGUUCCCUCUAUGGGCCUUGGUAAUAACGAAGAGGUCAUUGCUGGGAUAGAGGACGCUCUGCCAGUAUCGAAGUACUAUGAUAACUCAG